AGUUUAUGUUGAAAGUUCUAUCACCGAGAGGCGCCACUAUCAAGCAAUCGCAGUCUCUGAUAGACUUUGCCGUGUAAGGAACUUUCAUCGCCAAUUUAAUGUAAAUAUUACAUUUGUUGAGAAUUUAGAGUUUAUUUUAGCGUACAUAAGUUCGAAAUUAUCGUUCGUAUUCCCUGUGCAAUUCGUUGCUGGGCGUCAUUUCGUAAUAUUUCUCGUUUAGUCGAGAUCGGCAAUAACCAAAAAAUUUCUCCAUGAUUAUAUGAAAAAGUAUAUUGAGAUUUAAUUAUACUCUAAGCUCUUAAUAAGCUUUUUUGAGAGAUUCUGAGUGUAAAUUAAACAAAAUGAGGGUUGUUGCACUAGUCAGUGGUGGUAAAGAUUCAUGCUUUAAUAUGAUGCAAUGUAUAGCUGCAGGACAUGAUAUUGUGGCUCUAGCUAACUUAUAUCCUGUUGGGAAAGAUGAAUUAGAUUCAUUUAUGUUUCAAACUGUUGGAUAUCAAGGUGUUGAAUAUAUUGCAGAAGCUAUAGGUUUACCAAUGUAUCGUGAACCAACCUUUGGUAGAUCAAAAAUGCAAGAAAAAUAUUAUUAUCCAACAGAAAACGAUGAAGUUGAAGAUCUUUUUAGGUUGUUAAGUAAAGUAAAGGAAAAAGAGAAUAUAGAAGCUGUUUCAUCAGGUGCUAUUCUCAGUGAUUAUCAACGAAUUCGAGUGGAAAAUGUAUGUAGUCGUUUAGGACUUGUUUCUUUAUCAUAUCUAUGGAGAAGAGAACAAGAUGAACUGUUAAAAGAAAUGAUAGAAAGUUCUGUCAAUGCAGUUAUAAUUAAGGUAGCAGCUUUAGGCCUUGAACCAAGACAUUUGGGUAAAUCACUUUCUGAAAUGCAAUCCCAUCUUGCCAAAAUAAGAGAAAAAUAUGGUGUUAACAUAUGUGGAGAAGGUGGAGAAUAUGAAACCUUUACAUUAGAUUGUCCAUUAUUUAAUAAAAGUAUUGUAAUAGAUGAAUAUGAAAGUGUUGUUCAUUCAAAUGAUAACAUAGCACCCGUCGGAUAUUUAAACUUUAAAAAAAUUCAUGUUCAAGAAAAAAAUGAUGGUAUAGAAGGAUUAACGUUACAAGAAAGACUAAAAAAUGUUCCUAUUAAAACUCCAUUUGAUUAUAUCACAGAAAUAGUUGGACCAGAAUUACAUGAUGGUUGUAAUUUAUCGGAAGAUGAAAAUGAUGAACAUGAUUGUACAGACAGUAAUAUAAGAACUUCAAAUUCUGGUCAAUUUAAUCCACCAAGUCCUAUGGAAAUUUUAUAUGAAGAAGAAGAUUAUCCUGAUGUGCCCAUAGUAAAUAAAAAUCAAACUGGCUGGUUCUGGUUUGGUGGUAUUGCUGGGAAACAUCCGGAUGCUAAAUCUGCGAUGCGAGAGGCAUUGGAGAAAUUAAGCAGUCUAGUCAAAAAGGAAAAUCUUCAAAUAUCGGACAUCGUUGCCGUAACAUUAUAUAUAAAAGAUAUGUCAAAUUACAUAUCUAUAAACGAAGUUUAUAUCUCAUGUUUGAGCAAGAUAAAUCCACCAGUCCGUGUAUGUGUGGAAUGUCCAUUAAAUAUACAUGUUGUACUGGAUGCUAUAGCUUAUAAAGAAACUCAAGACUGUGGUGAUAAGAAAGUUCACAAACGACAUACAAUGCAUGUUCAAAGCAUAAGUCACUGGGCACCUGCAAACAUUGGUCCUUAUUCUCAAGCUGUUCGUGUGGGUGAUAUUAUCUCAGUUGCUGGACAAAUACCAUUGGUGCCUGGUAGUAUGACUAUUUUGGAUUUAAAUAUUAAAAGACAAUGUCGUUUAACAUUGAGACAUAUAGAUCGUAUUGUUAAAGCUAUGGACUCGAAUACACAACUCAGGGAUAUUGUGCAAGGUAUUUGUUUCUUGACUCAUUCUAGUUAUAUACCAGACGCACGAAAAGAAUGGGAAAAACGAACAAAUAAUGCUAUUGUGGAUUACAUCAUUGUACCAAAUCUUCCACGUGGUGCUCAGGUUGAAUGGUGCGUUUGGGCUCAUAGAGAUAAUAAUAGAUUUGAAUAUGAAGAGACUGGUAAAUGUGUAGGUAAUUUCAAAGUGGCAAUAAGACGUAGAUGGAAUUAUGAAAAUAACGUUUCAGCAAUUGUGUGUUACAUGUCCACUGGUUCAUCCAAUUCAACUGGUAAUUUAGCCACGGAAACGAAUUUACUUUCUACGGAAUUAACUAUAGAUGAACUAACAGAGGCACUUGAAUAUGUACUCUGUAAACUUACAAAGGGAUCCCAAACCAUUAAUCCGACAUGCAAUUUACGCAUUUUUUAUAAAGUUGGCAGUUCGCCAGGACCGAAUUUUGUUCAAGAUGUUCUUUCUAAAUUUUCUACGCGGAAUUUAGUUACUACUAUUAUACCGGCAACGCACUUACAUAAUUUCAGUACCUUUUUAUCUAUAUGUGGUAUUAGACACGAGUAAAGUCUAAUAAUAGUUUUUACGUUGUCAAUUAUAUACAAAACAUUAUUGUGUCGUAAAAGAAUUGCAAAAAUUUUAUUUGCCGUUUAAAUUAUUUCAAUCAAUGAAUAUAAAUCAAGAACAAAUCGAUUUUAGUACGAAAUGAAAAUGAUUAACGGCUAUGUCGAUACUCGACUAUGGUUGUAAAACUUUAUAUAUUCUAAAGGAUAAUUACUUAGCAGUAUCAGUGCUCGAAUAUAAUGUUAUUUUUCACCUUUUCUACUGAUUGCUUGUUGGGUUUGCUCAGAAUUCACUUGACAUCUGUCAAUAGUAUAUUUAUAUUCGGCUAGUCAACGAGACGUUAAUGAUUUUAAAUCAUUUUAUCUCGUUAGUAUAAGUGUUCUACGUAAUGCAAAACACGUUAUGUCAUUUCAUAAUGUGUGCUGUAUGCUAUGCCUCGUUUUUUGCUCAAGUUGUUUUUUAUUUUUCACAAUUUCACGAUACGUGCGGAGUGUUAAGUGUGUGAUUUUGAAAGAAUUUGAAAGCGUGCACAGCCAUUUUUAUAGUAGCGCUCAAAGUAAAUUGAAUAUUAAAGAAAAAAGUAUCAGACGUAUUAGGGGAAAUUGUACAUUUUAACAUCAAAUAUGAAAAAAAUCUAGUUUAUGCUCUUUCUAAUCUUAGUUAAAAAGAAAAGAGAAAAAAGGAAAAAUGAAUCGAUAUGCGGAAAUUUAAAACACGCACUUCUUAACGAUUGUCUUCUUUCACUUUUGAAAUGCUGCCGAUGUUGUUCCGCUAUCAUUUAAACUUUGUAUUGUAAUGGCAGACACAUGUAGCUUUGCAAAAGGAUAUAAAAUAUUUACUUCGCAAAAAAGAUACUGUGUAAAUCCUCGGUAGUUUCUGCAUAAUUGAUCUAAUGCUUUAGAGAUACGUCUUGUACAAAAAUAUGCUAUAUAUUAAAAUAUUUUUGACAGUAUAAUAUUCAUGCAACGAUAUGCCAAAGUUUGUAUUUUACAAUUUGGUCAUUGUUUAAUCAAUUUUAGUAUUAUGAUCUUAUUUUCUUGUAUAUAUUACUAAAUAAUCUAAAAAAUUUUGCAUUGUAUUAUAUAAUGUAAUUAGUUUUGAAAAUAAUUGGUUAUUAAUUAUGGCUAAACGGCGAGAAAAGAUAAAUUUCUGAAGAACAUGAAACAUAUUAUUCACGAUGUGAAUAUUAUGUUACUAUAAAUAUGUAAAAAUAUUUGCAAGGCAUACUCUCGCAACAAAAUACUAUUCCGAGGAUUAUAUUGCAAAGAAAAAUAAAGAAAGUGAUAUAUAUUUUUAAGAAA